GGGUGGUAGGUUAUUAAUCCCCACUGUUGCUGAGGCCUGCAAUAAAUUCUCCUGUCUGCGUUUUCGGCUUCAUAUGACCGCUUCGAGAGGUGUUUCCAAUUCCGGUGGGAGAUAGUCCAUGAAGUUACUGAACAAAAGUGACGAAUCAUGGGCCCAAGGAAUCAACUAUGGAAUUGUCCUUUUAGGCCCUGCCGCCGGAAAAUUAAAAUAUACCCUCUUGGAUAAACAAGACAUUGAGCUAAUUCAAGAAUAUCAGUUUGAGGCAUUUGUUGAAAUCGAUAAAAAUGGUGAAGGAGCUUGUGUGUAUGCCUUUGUCUAUGAUGCCAACAAAGGAAGGAAAUCAGGAAGAUACCUACACAAUGUGUUGUGGGAGCGUCAUUUUGGUGGAGUCGCACCUCAGUACAAAGUCAUCCAUAAGAAUGGUAUAACUGUAGAUAACCGCCUAGAAAACUUGGCAUUGCACCCCAUCAGUAACAAGUAUACGAAUACGGUGAAUGACAAUAACAUUGAAGAUUCCAUAUACUGGUCUGCCGUUGUUAGAAUGCCUCAUGAAAUAGUUCCAGCUCAAGUGAAGUUGUUUGGCAGUCAGGAGGAAGCUUUGUUAAUGGAUGACGAACGAUACUUCGAGUGCCACUACCCGCCCUGCACGAACAUAGAGAAGAGGCCCCUUGAAUUCAGCAUCUGUGGGCUGUGCCAUGUGACCCGCUACUGUGGUCCCACCUGCCAAACCAGGGACUGGCCCUUCCACAAGCCCACCUGUUCUCAGAAACUACGGCCGGUGCGUCUUCAGAGAUUUCCGGACAGAUGACCGAUCUCGAGGAGCCUCUGGGCGAAGCCAAUGAUCGAUCCUUUGUGCCUGUAGUCAUUUUUUUCGGAACAAAGGAGACUAAUCUCGAGAUUUUUACACGGAUGAGAAUUUUAUACCUAACACGAUGCUUGAUAUUUUAAUACACCUUAACAAGUGAUUCCUUUUAAGGCCACUUUCGCAUAUCGUGGGAUUUGAGAAAAUGGAUCGUGCAGGCAGGUUUUGCACGGUAAUUCGGCAUCGGAGCAAAACAAUUACUGCGCAGGGUGUC